CAGCAGAUUUUGCGCCAGACGGCAACUAACAUUAUCUGUCAGGUUGGAGAUUCGUCGGAGGAGGAAGAAUUGAGAAGCGAUAGAAAGUUGAGGGAGGAGAGGCGUGAAGGAAGAAUCUGAGUGAGUGCAAAAUGGGGAAAGAUCUGAGCAACGAUCAGGUUUCGGCGAUGAAGGAGGCCUUCACUUUGUUCGACACCGACGGCGAUGGCAAGAUCGCCCCCUCGGAGCUGGGAAUUUUGAUGCGUUCUCUCGGCGGAAACCCUACGCAGGCGCAGAUUAAGUCGAUUAUAACCGAGGAGAAUCUUAAUGCUCCGUUUGAUUUUCAGAGUUUCCUUGACCUAAUGUCGAAGCACCUCAAGCCGGAGCCGUUCGAUCGCCAGCUGCGCGACGCCUUUAAGGUGAUCGAUAAGGAAGGUACUGGAUACGUCGUCGUUUCGGAUCUCAAGCAUAUCCUCACCAGUAUUGGGGAGAAAUUGGAACCUGCAGAAUUCGAUGAGUGGAUCCGCGAGGUCGAUGUCGGAGCUGAUGGCAAGAUCAAAUACGAGGAUUUCAUCGCGCGUAUGGUAGCCAAAUGACGAGGGCACGGUGCUCAUGCUUGCAGGCGGUCUAAACAUGCGGGUUCUGCUGUUUGUUCACCUGAAGCUGAACUCCAGCACUGUGUUCUUUUUAUCCUAGUUUAUGUUUUUAGCUUGUUUGAUUUGUGGGUUUAAUGGUCCUUAAGCUGGGAUCUGUGUUUGGUUUGAGCAGUUUUGAUUGGUUUGUUGUUUGCUAGAAUUGCUUUUUACCAAGUGCAGUUUCUUCUCAUCUUGAACCUCUGUUUUCUUACACUUCUGUUAUGAUCUACUGCUUAGAACUGUGAUUAAUGUUUGUUAUGUCACAUAUUUGAGGUACUGAGGUAUAUAUUGUUGGUAAGUUUGACAUGAAA